UUCAUUGCACAUAGAUCUCUUUUCGGCUGCUUGGUACACACAUGGGGGGACAGAUAGCGAUUGUUGUUGUUUAAUGGAAUGCCUUCUUGUUCUUUUUUAUUAUUUGAAAAAGAAACAUAAAAAAGGUUGGGCAGAAAUAUUAUAGGCCCUAAUAAUUUUAUUCGACAGGGCAAGGUCUAGCCUGGGCUAAUUGUGUUGUCAAGUCAAGCUGCGGAGUAUUGCCAGCUUGUCAUUUCAAUGCUCUCAAGUUUAUGAAAAGAAAAGACAGAGCUGUAAAGUCUUUCAGGAUAGUAGUUUUUAAAAUUUGGUUAAUGAAACCCAAAAUAUCUUUGCAAUACAAAAGGCUUUUUCUACAAACAAACGACUCACCGGAGAGAUAAAAUAUUAAAUAAGCUCAUUGAGAACUGUUAAUUUAGCACACAAAAAAAGUCUGACUCGAUUGCACCAGUUCCCCAAAGGGACAUAACAAACUUUAAAAAAUAGAAAUCUAUACUAAGACAAAACCAAGUUCGUGCGAAAAAAAUCCGUCAUAUCAUUCAAAACAGGAUGGCACUUUGUUUACAACCCAGUGUGCUUUCAAUGGGAAUACAAUGGUUGUGCUUUAACCAACGAAAUUGAAACAAGUUUUCAUUGCCAGCUAGAUCUAGAUCUACUUGUUUCUAAAAUUAAUGUCCUGGUUAGAUUUUCUAGAGAUUCUAUGUGUUCUGUGUAUUGAAUUGAUCCUUGAUGGGAAACCCCCUUCCCCCUUCAAAACUGAAUGAUUCUUCUAGAUCUGAAGAACUAGCCUAAACCAGGUAGCAUUCUGGAAAAUGCUAUUGCUAUAUCAUUGUCAUCACCGAACAGAGCGCUUUCAGUUUGAAGCAGAGCAAAAUAAACAAAGGUCAUAUAUGGUUACGCAAAGGCUAUUUUAAUGCUCUGAGACUAGAAUCUAGAAACACACUUUAUGCAUCUCUGGCCUGGGGCUGGUUCUGAGGACGGCAGAAUUUCGAUUACAAGUGUGCAGAGAGAUCUCCAACUCUUGACUCCUGGCCUGACAACCUGGGCAGCCUGAGAGUCAGUCAGUCUGAAGUUUUUAUUGAUCAAUUGGGUUGGUAUUAGAUCAGAUACUAGUCAGUGGGAAUAGUGUGUAAUUCAAGGGAAACGCUAUGCUAUAAUAUAACUAUUUUUCAAGUGGACUGGAAUGAAACUGGACAUAAAUGCACAGAGACAACAAUGUCUGCUGUGUUAGCGUGGGGCAAAGCUACCUUUGGGGUGCUUGGAAUUGGCAGCUCUGAGGAGAAUGCAGUCAGGUCUCCAAAACAAGUUGAGACCUUGGACAACGUUGACCUUCGUCAAAUCAGUAUUGGAGAGAACCAUUCUUUGAUAUGCGGAAAGGAUGGUGCAAUUUUUAGUUGUGGUGCGAAUGAUUUCAGUCAGUGCGGACGGGAUAGAAACCUCAACAAAUUUGGACGAAUUGAAGCUGGUCUGCUUUCUCAGCAAGUUAUUCAGGUAGCAGCAGGGGCUAAUCACAGUGUGGCCUUGACACAGGCUUGGGAAGUUUUCACCUGGGGAAAAAAUGACUCUGGCCAGUUAGGCCGUGGGGAUAUCCCAGAGGAAGCCAGAGGCAUACCAAAGUUAGUAAAGUCACUUGCUGUUCAUUGUGUUCUACAAGUCGCUUGCGGGAAUGAUCACUGCAUUGUACUCACAAACGAUAGUCUUGUCAGAGUCUGGGGUUCCAAUUCAUAUGGGCAGUUGGGCUUAGGCAAGAAUGCAGCGGGGAAGUACCAGAACAUUCCAGAGGUUGUAACAUCUGUCAAAGGGAUCCCUGUGGAGCAAAUAGCUGCUGGAGGAAACCACUCGUUCCUGCUGUCAAAGUCUGGAGCUGUCUAUGGUUGGGGGAGGAACAGUUUUGGUCAGUUAGGAGUGAACGAUACCAAAGAUUAUGAUAUGCCAAGACAGUGCCGUUCAUUGAGAACUCAAAAAAUCAAAUACAUCUGUGCUGGGGAAAAUCAUUCUGCUGCCCUCACUGCGGAUGGUCGUGUGUUCACGUUUGGGGCAGGGAGUUACGGCCAGCUGGGACACAAUAGCAACAGCAACGAGAUUUUACCACGCCAAGUUAUUGAGCUGUCUGGAGUGGAGGUCUCUCAGAUUGCUUGUGGGAGGGGCCACACUCUUGCAUUUGUGCCAAGCACAGGUCGUCUGUAUGCAUUUGGACUAGGGGGGAGUGGGCAGCUUGGGACCUCCUCAUUGGAGAACAAAAACAGCCCUUUUUUGGUGCAGGGUCCUUUUGUCAGCCAGAGUGGCGCAGGCACCAGCAACAUGCAAGUGGACAACCAAGGACCAGAACUCUGUGUCAAGAGUAUCUACACAGGGGGAGAUCACUCUUUUGUUCUCGCUCAAGAUUGUUCAGCUUGCCAUUCUGAUGAUUUUCGGGAAAGAGAUCAUGUCAGGCAAAUCCUUACACUUUCCCAGAAAAGAAUUGAAAUGUUUCAUGACCUCAAAUCAAAUGAUACCCCUCCGCAUGAGCUUUCAGAUGAGAUGACAAAAAUCUUUUCUCAUGCAUCAUGCUUGAAUGGCUCAUUUCUCAUGCCACGUGAUGAGCACUAUGGCAGCAGUAGUAAAAAGCACGGUGUGGAUAUGAAUGCAGUACGGGAAUUUUUUCAGGGUCUCUCGAAGCUUCCGAACAUUGUCAUCAAACAAUAUAUUUGCACUAGCAUUGAGCAGGAUCUGAUUCCCAUGCUGCCAAAGAGUCCACCAGAUGUUGAGGCCCUUCGUUUGUACAUAAUGCUGCCUGAGUGCCACCUUUUUGACCAGCCCAAGCUGUACAGUUCUAUCAUCUGUCCAUUCGCCAAUGCCUUUCUGUCCAUGGAUCCAGUCGCUCAAAAAGUCUUGUAUUCAUGGUGGCCGUCAAACCAGCCGUCUUUCUUUAACAGACUUGUAGUUAUUUAUAAAGGUUGUAUAGAAUAUUUGCUUCAGUUGCCAGAUACAACUAAUCCAUUAGAGGUUAGCAGGAGGCAAAGUGGGCUGUUUUCAUGCAUGGAAAUGUUGCAGAAGCUGUAUGCAGUCAAUGAAGAAAAUCACCAGAUCAUCCCGUACCACAAGUUCUAUGUGCCCGAGUUGAAAGAGCGAGUGAACAUCAGAGAGGACUACAUCAGCUGGGUGCAGCACACGCACCGUCGCACUCAGGUGGGGGGUUUUGCUGUCCAGGGUCUCUACUUCUGCAACUACCCCUUCCUGUUUGAUGGAGCGGCCAAAAGUGUCCUGCUUCAGACAGAUGCCGCUCUGCAAAUGAGGAACGCCAUUGAGAGUGUUCAGCGACAGAACUUUCGGGGCGCCCAGCACCUGCUCCAGAUGUUCACAGGCAUGAGCAUGCCUCCACCUCAGUUUGACCCAGUGAACCCGUGCCUGGUUCUGUUUGUGGAUCGGAACAACCUGGUCCAAGACACCCUGCUACAGCUGCAGAGUAAGCUCAGUGCCGACCUCAAGAAACCCCUCAAGGUGGUGUUUAAAGGAGAGGAAGCUGUGGAUGAAGGUGGAGUGCGAAAGGAAUUCUUCAUGCUCCUCCUUCGAGAAGUGAUGGAUCCAAAGUACGGCAUGUUCAAUGUGGAUGAGGAUUCCUAUUUACAAUGGUUCAAUCCAUCUACGUUUGAAGAGGCCAACAUGUUCCGUAUGAUUGGCAUUCUGUGUGGCCUGGCCAUCUACAACUUCACCAUCAUUGAUUUGCACUUUCCGCUGGCGCUCUACAAGAAAUUACUAAAAAAGCCAAUUACUGCCGAUGACUUGAAAGAGCUUAGUCCAGAUGUUGGAAAGGGUUUACAAGAUCUGCUGGACUUUGAUGGGGAUGAGUUUGAAGAUGUCUUCUCCUUGUACUUUGAGGUGAUGACAGAGCAGUUUGGUGAGCAAAAGUCAGUGGAACUCUGUGAGGAUGGGAAAAAUGUCUCUGUCAAUCAAAACAAUAAGCAAAAAUAUGUUGACUUGUAUGUGGACUACAUUCUGAACAAAUCAGUGGAGACUCAAUUCUCAGCCUUCAGCGAAGGAUUCUUGUCUGUUUGUGGCGGCGAGGUCUUGGAGCUGUUCCACCCCCAGGAGCUUCAGGCCAUGGUUGUAGGCAAUGAGGACUAUGACUUCCUUGAGCUAGAAAAGAACACUGACUACAAAGGAGAGUACCACAGGUAUCACCCUACCAUCAAAUUCUUCUGGGAGGUGUUUCAUGAGAUGAGUCUUGAAGACAAGAAAAAAUUCCUCAUGUUCCUCACUGGCAGUGAUCGUAUUCCUGUGUUUGGCAUGAAGUAUGUCAAGAUUAUCAUCCAGCCAACAUGUGGUGGGGAGAAGUUCCUGCCUGUGGCUCACACAUGCUUCAAUGUGCUCGACCUGCCCAAGUACAGCACAAAGGAAACAUUGCAGGACAAGCUUCUGUUGGCUAUUCAGCAAACAGAAGGAUUUGGUCUCGUUUAAGGACUUCCGUACAGAGACACCAACAUUUUGGAGCUGUUAGUUGUGGACUUUUGAUUUCUGUUUGAAGCCAAAAUGAUACCCUUCAACAACAGCCACAAGUCCAGGAUGUUCUUCUUUGCUGUUGAACUGGUUGUUAUUGCUUUGAUCAGAACUUAUUAGAUGUAGUGCCCUGCCAUUUCUUGUUGGAUAUGUAUACCUAGGGUCUUAUAAGAGUAUAGAAGCCACUGUAGCAAACGUUAUAAAUAGGUCCUGUAAAGAGGCCUUGAUUAGUGGGGUGCUUUUCUGCUGAUAGAACGUAGCUAGAGUGGUUUUGAAUUUUAAAUUGAGAACUUAUUUAUUUGCUUGGAGUAUAGAUGUAUAGAAAUUUAAUCAGCAUGCAAUCCUGCUAAUGUUUGACACAAGAGAAACCCCACAAACACAACGAUAAAGAAGUUGUCUUAUAUUGUUACAAUAAAUGGGACAAAAGCUGAAACUGAAAUAAGAAGGGGCCAACUCACACAACAAGUAGUCAUCCAUAAAGAAUCAUGAACACAGCUGCCCAUUAUGGGCUUCUGAGUUCUUUCUCCAAGAAUUAUUUUGAUGUAGAACUUGAUCAGUUUUUCGAUAAUUUUUUCUGAAGAUUAACGACAAACACUUCUAAUCUUUUAUAAAAAUCUUUUUCAAGAAAAAUUGUGCAUGAAACAAUACUUUCAGCCUUAACAAUGUUGGCAAAUCAAUUUAUUAUAGUCCAUAACAAAUAAAAAUGAAACUUUCUCUUGAUCUCUAUGGAAUGGCAGAAAAUUACUGAAUGCAUCGAUUGUUUUAAUUAAAGCUUUGGCAUAAAAUGCUCCAGAUCAAAUCAAAUUUGACUUCAGAUGAAGUAAUUUUUUAAUAACCAAAACUGUAAGCAAAUAAUCAUUUUAUUUUAUAGAGAUGGAUACAUGGUCUUAAUAAGUUUGUGUCGUCAAUUUAGCUCUUUGAAUAUUCUCGGAGGAAGGUGGGUAUAGUAACAACUCUACUAAGUGUAACAUAAAGGGUACAAAGCGUCAAGUUUUUGAAACAAAAUAAUAUGAAAAAGAUGAUAAACCCUUAUUACCACUAAAAUUCAGUUUCCUUGCUUAUUUCAGCCUUAGUAUCCAUGUUUAUGACAUUUGACUAUAUGUUGUGCCAUUGUUUCACAUAUCGUCGUUGAGAUUCACAAACCGGCUACAUGCAGAAAGGCAAAUUUUACAGGAGGGAUAAAAAACUGAUUAUUGUUGAAACGCGCUGCACAAUCUUUCAUAUUUUGUACAAAAGGUUAAGUUAUAAGUGUUGGGACCAAAUACUACUUGAUUUUUCAUAAAUGCUACAACCGAUAGUUUUAUUUAGCAUGUAGCCAGUUAUAGAAUCUCAAAAAAUGUGCUGCACAAUACAGGUGGUCGGUUCUCUGUAGGUGGCCGGUUCGUGCAUGCCGCUUCCCCGCCCAGCCGUGAUAUGAGGCGGCAUGUAGCCGGUUUGGCGCAGCUGUGUGCCACUGUUCGCGGUCAUAAUAAGUAUAGGCCGAGAUCUACGUAGACGACGGCAAGUUAUAGGCCCAAUAUAUAAACUAAUAGAUCUAUCUUAAUGAAACUGACUGGUUCAAACUGGGUUCGAAUCUUAACCUGGUCGAUUCAUACACAAAAUGCUUUAGAAUAGAAUGACAUGUUUAGUGCUUUGACUGGUCCUUCCUUUAUCAGUAAAUUAAUUGACCCUGGUUACUGGGAGGUGUGGGUUGAAACUUUGUUACCAGUCGAUUCAUGACGCAGAUUUUAAUAAAUGUAACGUCCUAGUUGCUCUCUCGCCUAGUAUUUUACAUUAUGUGACCAGUACUAGGAGAAGUCGUCGACCUGGUGUCUGAAGGCCAAUACUGUGAACAUGUGCAAUGGUUAAGGUUCAACGCCCUAUCGACACUUAGGUUAUUCAAGAAGAAGGGGGGGGGGGGAGAAUACAUCUGCCCAUGUGGAAAUUUAGCUGUACUUCGUGAAAUAUCCCAAUGUGCCAGGUCAUCAAUUGUUUGACUAGAAUGGUUGAUAAGAAGACUGACCGUAAUUAAAUUGUUUAAAAAGCCAGGACAAGACUUUUUUUUGAGUAUUAGUCUGAGAAACCUCCACUUUUGUUUGAUAUCCCCCAAGGGCAGGGCCUUGUUAUGACACAUGUUGGUCUCAGGGUUCUAAUCAAGAUCGGGAGGCUAUGGGUUUAAUUCUCAGCUGAGUUAUAAUAACAUAUCAAAUUUGGUCACUUUGCAUCUUAUUGUCUGGGGCAUGAUUGAAAGAAUAUAGUAACCAGUAUCGUUUGAUUGCAUCUAGGUGGGUGUCAUUUCUUCCUGUACAUUAUCUUUCAUCAUUUCUCACGCUUGAGUUUCUAUAUUAUAAUAAACAAUGAUACUGUGUAAGCUACAUGGACGAAAAAAAUCACAUUUGAAUUUAAUGGUUGCGAGUCUCUACUUUCCCUAUCAGCAUUGUUUGGUGCUAGUUAGUUGACAGAGUCAUGGUAAAAUGGACGGUAGUUAACUGGCAUGACCUCUUACAUCAUUUGGAGAUGUUAGUAUUUCUCCUUUUUCAUUUUCCAGGAGCUAUUGUAGACAGGCAGUAGGUCAACCAGCUCCCACUUGGGUUGGUUUGACCUCUUGGGAGAAUUUGGUUGGGCUCACCUCAUUGACUCAUCAGGAUACCCCUCUAGUCCGUUACCGCAGAGUCCACGACUUUCCUGUUGGUUGGAAAUGCUCUUGUAAUCCUGAAAGUCGUUGGUGUUUCCCAUGGUAUGGAUGGGGUUUGAGCAUGAUGACUGUGUUGUAUGGACGUACUGGGCUGACACAUAGGUAGGGGAGUCUUCAACCUCCUCUCGAUACAAUUGAGCUCGGAAACCCACUUCCAUUUGUAAGAUGCUCCUUUUCUGGUAUUCUUUGUUCAAUUUGAACCCUGUUUCUAGCACAAAAAAGAAACGGCUUUGCCGAAGUCGAAUAUAUCGGUUUUGGUAUGUCCAAUCAUCACCGCAUAAGAGUUACUUUUGGCAGCCAGGAUUCCGUUCAGAAAGUUGAUUAUGUCGUUGCAAAUUCGUUCGUUAUGAGGCACCUUCUGUCUCUGCCAGACAAAGCCCAUCAUAUCGUUCUUACCAAUGUUGUAGAAUCUGAAAUGAUGAAACGCCAUUUUAAUCUUGUAAUACAGAAAAGACGCAUUGAUUCCUAGUGCCAAAGGAACAGCUGGCAUGUCCAUUCAACACCAGAGUGUUUGUCAUCUUCACUUAAGGUUUUGAUGGCCAUUUCCUUGUUGACUGGCUUUCUGUGUUCUUUGUUCACACUUUUAAUGUUUUAACCACGCGUGUUCAUCCAUGUUGCCGCAAUAAUCACGUAAACAUCGUAAUGAUACUCUCAGGGACAGAACAAAGCCAAGUUGAGCUCGUCAAAAAUUUGCUUCACCAGAGGGAGCGUUGCUCCAUUUAUGAAUACUCUGAAUAGAGUAGAGCCAUUACACGUCAGCAAAACUUUGGAAAGGGGCCUCAAGGUACAGUCAGUUGAGGCAUACAGUAAUGCAAUGAUAAUCGGGAUAACUUGUUGAAGAAUCCCUCAACACUGAGGACACAUCGGCCACACGUGCAUUCAUUUUUGACUGCUCAUUCAUCACCCAGUUCCUGACACAUCAUAUUCCAAAGUCCGAUGGUUGACAUAAAGAAUUGUCAGCAAACUCUUCUUCCGUAAACUGUCAGCUAUGUUGUUGAAAAUACCUGAAUGCGCUUUAUUUUUUUAACCUUUGGUCUCUUCAGACCGUCUUGAUUCAGAUGCUGAAAGCACUUCCCCCGUUCACAUCAUCUUUUUUCAAUGAAUUACAAAUGUCCUCUUCUUUCCUUAUAACUGAAUUCGUCACAAUGGUAUCUAUUAUUCUGACAAGAGCAUCUUUUUGGAAUUGUUGCGCAAUUCUAGCUUUUGUUAUUCCAACAUUUUGGUCUUAUUUCAUCUCCAGCUGUGCUAGUCAAUCUGUUACUUUCGAGAAGGCAGUCCCCCAUUAAUGAUCAGUUUUACCAUUUCCUUCUACCAUUCCUGUUCUACCGACCUCCCUGCCGCACUUGUCCAUAAUCUUGUCACAAGAAUCCAUUCCUUCUGCAUACAUCACACCUAAUAUGCAUUCCGCCGCCUUCCAAUUCUAUGUCCAUAAAUUCCCACGUGAUUGCUGUCUACAGCUGUAUGAAUCUCUGGCAUAAGUGUUUUUAAAAAUCUCAAACUCAGGGUCUUUCUUAAGAAGACCAUUGAUACUUUCUGAAAGUGAAAUGUUCAAAACACCAAGGUGAAGCGGAGUCGAUGGUGAUAGCCAUGGGCAAUACCGUGGCUCCAUGAUAGAAGUGAAUCGUGGAUAAUUUGCUGGAGUGCGCUUGCCAUCGUCCGAGGUCUUCUCCAAUGUCUUUACCAGAUUCAGCUUUAUCAGGCAUCUUCCUCGAGAUAAGGCAUCCAUCAUGUAUCCUCAGCCAGAUUCAUGCUAAAAUGUCAAGAAAGUGGUAUUUGAAAAGGACUAGCAUUAACUAUAGAAGAACAGCAUUAACAUGGAUGAACUAUUCUGUGAACCUGACAUAGAUAGCCAUUUUCUAUUUCGGGAGGGUUUUUUUCUUUCGAUGACUUGUUCUUAGUCCUUUCUUUACCAAUCGUGAAUCAUAGAUGACACCUGCGGAGGUUAUUGCCUGGAGCCACUCUCUGCUAUGUAUAUCUCUGGCAUAAUAAUACCAAGACCAGAUAUUUGAAUAGAUAACUUUCUUGAUGCAUGAUAAGUGAAUCGCAAGAAAAUGAUGUCUGCCACAGUAGAGUAUACACCACAACUUAAACAUUUAAUUUUGCGAAGAGACCAGUGAGUUAUAUCAGUUCACACCCAUAGUCACAGCGCAAGAUAAUUCCAAGAACAAAAAGGAUUGCAUCCAGAUUGUCAACAAUGAAAUAGUAACAAUAAAGUGCAUACUAUUGUUAAAAUAUUUUCUGUAAUAUUCAUAGAUUCAUAGUAUUAUUUUUGUAUUACUACUUCUGCUGUUGCUUCAAACUGCCAGUACAAGAACUACUUCUGCUGCUGCUGCUGCUGCUGCUGCUGCUGCUGCUGCUGCUGCUGCUGCUGCUGCUGCUGCUGAUGAUGAUGAUGAUGAUGAUGAUGAUGAUGAUGAUGAUGAUGACGAUAUACUACAGCUAUUACAGCUGCUCUGCUGCAGCUAACACUAGAGUGUGCUACAAUACAACAAUUAAUGUAGACGAAGAAGAGGAAGAAGAAGAAGAAAAAGAGAGUUUGUUGUGAAAGUCCGGGCCCAUAAUGUAGCUGGUACUCUGUAUAGGUCUUUCAUGUUCUGGUCUCAUCUAGAUACAUAAAUAAGUUGACAAAUCUAAUCUAGUAAAUCGAAUCACACAAAUGCUUUAUAUUACAAGUCACAUUAUUGUUGACUAUAAUAUUAUUUAUCUUGAUGAACACUGAUAACAGUUUAAAAUUCUGUUUAGUUCAAGAAAGAAAAAAAACAAACGUAUGGAACGGUCGGGGUGAUGCGCGGCGGGGAAGCAUGUAGCUGGUUUUCGAUGACACUUGUCAACGCGUGUCGGGACGGUCUGCUGAAACCGAAGCAGCUAUGUACAUGGCUGGUUUGGCGAUGCUAUUUUUUCAUCAGCUGCAGGUGUUCGUUUUGGAAAGUCUCAAUUAAAACAUACUUUUAGGUUUUUUCAAACCUAAUAUUUAUUGAGGACACAUAUUAGGCUAUUUACUAUUCAUAAGCAAAAUUGAAAAAAUUGAAAUUUUUGCAUGUAGCCGGUUUGUGAAUCCCAUAGACAAUAUGUUUCCCUGUGUUUGACACUCAAAUCUAAAGUUUUCAUAAUUUGUUCCCUCAUAUGUACACAAUUUCCUCUAUUCUUCUGAGGCUGCUGAGAUCCAAAGUAAGAGCCUUUUUACAAUUUUGCUCAGGUCUGGAUUUCUAUUUGUCCCAGUCUAUCUGGUUGUAUCUGUGAGUGCGAGUGAAUGAUUUAGGAAAUGCAGAAAGUGUGACUUUUUCAUGUGAAAGUGACUGAAAGUGUUAGUUUUAAAAUUUCAGUGAUGCCUUCUGACAUCCGUACCUUCAUGAACAGUUAGCCUUGGUGAAUAUAAAUAUUCUGGAGUAAUUUUUGACUGUUAGGUUACAUCAUGUGAUCAUGGGGACCUACUAAUGCUGUGGCUCGUAUGACUGAGGCUUUGAUGUAAUUUGUCUGAAUUAGCCCAGAUUGAGCAUUCUCUGACCUGUAUCUGUUGGUGGAAUUGAGUAGUUGAUUGUACGGGAACCUCACAUGAUGCAACUACAGUCUUGAGGUAUUUCUUGAAAGUCUGAUUUGAAACUGAAUAUUUGAGGUAUACUUAAAGUUAGAAGCCCUGAAUGCUCUCUUGGAAUCUCAUUGAUGAAAAAAAAUUCGUCUUUUUAAAAACAAAUUGUGCAUUUAAUUUAUUCUCUGAAUUGGACAUGAGUUUAAUGUGCAUUCAUGUAUUUGGGUACGUGUGUUUGAUAACUCACACCGUAGUAUGUGUAUGUACAGUUUUGAAGAAAUGAAGUAGGAAGAAAUAGUACAAGUUGGUCAGCUUUGGAUGAUGUUUCAUUUUGAUUAUUGUGUGCACUAGUUUUGAAGUUGGCACGACUGGUAAAUUUAGUUGAAAUAUCUGUGGAUUGUGUCAUAUCAGUUUCUUAAUGUUUUGUAAAAUGUUUCACCAAAGAUUGAAAUGGACAUAUGUUAUUAUAGUUUGAUGAGGUUUUUUUGUUGCCUUAUUGAAGAAAAACCAAUCAGAGUGAGUUGUUUGGUUGUGGAAGAGCAGCAGUGAAGACCUUUUUGUCUCUUGAAAAUAUGAGUGAGUGUCAAUUAUUUCUAUGGUUAAAGAGAAUUUGUUUUAAUUUAAAACAUUUAUUUUGUUACUAAGAAAAGUUUGGACUCAUUUUCACAAUUUGCUUUCUUUUUUUACUCUUAGGCAGAUGUGAAUGAGUCCUUGCUUUCAUUUAGUCAUGACAAAAUGUUUUAGUUUCAUUGUGAUUUAUCUUUCAGUACCUCCACUUAUCCUCUUUAUGUUCUUAAAACUUUUAGCAAGAGCCUUGAAAUUCUAUGCUACAGUUCACCUUCAGAUAUCCCUUUUUAAUUUUUGUUUUUUUGUUUCUGGGUAGUUAUUUUAGUUAGGUUAACUGUAUGUGUGGUGUGGGCAUGUGGUAACUGUAUAAGUAAGGUGAAAAAGUUGAAGGUGGAGUUUGAAAAUUUUAUUGAAAAUACAGUAGUGUCUGCCUAAGAUCCCACCUCUUACGAUCCCAGUUUGCUUAAGGUCCCGCUGUUUUAAGAAAACAGAAUUUUUACUAUACAAAUGUCGCCCUUAAAAUCCUUUUCUGAUUCACUCUGAAGGUCUAAAUUUGGCUAAGGUCCCGCAUUUCAGGUAAAAGUUUACGUGAAAAAAGCGGGUGGACACAGCUGAUCAACCAAGAGUGAAAAUUUGCGAUCAUUGAACUACCCGUUGCUUCACAGAUCAAUCACCCUCGUAAAUGUGAUCACAUAUGCGUUGUAAGUCAUGCUGAAAUGGUACAUUGUUUGCCCGAGAUGGGAACACACCGAGCUGUGAACUCGCCGAUACGUUUGUUUUCUCCAAACAUCGCACUCGCAUCUGGGAUCUCCACUGAAACUUACAUCACAUGCUGGGUGGGUAAGGUGAGACCUACAAGUUCACUCCUGGCGGGAUCACAUCGAACUGUGAACUCUUUCCCCGACCAUUGCUGCAGUUGUCUCUACUCUAGAAUUUGCAAGAUGGACUGAAGUUUAAUAGGUGUGUUCUACAGUAGGCCCUGGUGUGGUCACAACUAGAUAUUGAGACUCACGAUAGGAUAAUACGUGAAAAUGUCUUGCCUCAAUUCACUGUGAUUGGUCAUCAAGGUUGAUCAUUCUUUGCUAGUCGUAAGUCAUAAACCCACCCAGGGGUCACGUCAGUUCAUUUUAGAGUGAAGGGAGACCACUUUACCUGUUGUGUGCCUGAACAUUGGUAACCGUAGAUUCUUCCCUUCGUCAGCCAAGAUUCCGUUCGCUUAAAAAUUAGAUCCCGCAUUUUCCUUGCUCCAGAGCACCGGGAUCUAAGGCGGAGACUACUGUACUAUUGACAUGCUAUAUCAGGUCUCUGGUAUGAUAGAAGUGGUGUGUGAGGCAAUGUGGUAAUACUCUCUCUCUUUUAUGUAGAGGUGUGGGUUUGAUUCCAGAGCCAUUAUUUUUUUAAUGGCUUUUCCAGUAUGUCUCACUUGGAUUUGUCUCCUUAUACUGACUUCUUGGCCCAUCUGAAAUAGGAACGGAAUGUAUGCUUUUUAUAUGAAAGAAAAGAAAGAAUUGAACUAAGGUUUUUUAAAAAAUUGCAGUGAGGCUUUGGCACUAUCUGUAAUAGUUAAUGUGUGUCGAAACGUUUUUAAAAUUUCAUACAUUUUUUAAAUGCAUCUGUUGACCCUGAAAUAAAUCGUAUCACAUAUUUUUGUCCAGAAAUGUUGCUGUUUGUAGGCUUGUCAUUAUUAUAUUGUUUGUCAAAAGGUUCUGACUUGGUAGGGUGUCAGAAAAAAUCGGAAUUUCUAUUUCCUGAAAAGUUUGUUGAUUGUCAUACAACUAUGUUCACAAUUGAAACUGGAAAAGUGAGUCAUUGCAUUUAUUACAAUGUUAGGGAAAGAUUGAAGGAUGUUGUCUGUGUUUCCUCUCUUGAUUUACGUGUGGCUUUAACCUUGUGGAAUAGAUGGUACAGAGGCUCAAUGUCAUGAUUAAUUAUUUUCAUCGUUGGAGAACACUCUGCUGUACAUAUUCUGUGACAUUGAUUGAUUUUUGUUACGAUGAUGAAAGAACUUCGAAUACAAUACAGUCAUUUUGCAGAAAAAUG